AUGGUAUCUAGAGUUGAAGAAGCAAUGAAGAAGAACAAGCAACAACAACCGCAACAUCAGAAUCAACAACAACAGAAACAAAUUCAAUGCAACAAAGGAAAAACUGGAAAGUUCAAAAGAAGCAGUUCCAAUGUCGAAGAAGAUGGUGUUUCUUCUGCUAUUCUUCUUCUUGCUUGCAUUGCUUGUGCACCUUCUUAUGGAUAA